GGAAAGCCAGCGCGCAUUAAUUAAUCGUGCUCCAUGAACUGGCCUAUGCGGUGGUGGUCACACUUUCGCCUGUACCUACUCUAACUCAUAUGUAUCUGUAAUACCGUCCUGUGUUAUGUGGUCUUCGAAACAGCCGUCGUUUUUUGCUAUAUCUAAAGAGUAAUCCACAUUAGGUGCUGACCGUGAGGUGUGACUUGAAAGUUAGUUGCUGGUCACACUAUCGCCGUCUAACUCGAGUGAGCACUCAAUCACAUCGAGAAAGAUGGGUUCGUUCAUUACAUAUUGUGACUACACCUGUAGAGAUAACGUCUGAUGACAUCCACACUUUUCUGCAAGUCGAUCAUGUAGUUAUUUUAUGGAAUACUUUUUACAAUAGUGGAUCUCAUUCUUCAACAGCUACUCACCUUUCAUAAACGUCAACACAAAUUAGUUUUGACAAUAGCUUUAUAGUUGGGUGAUAUCAGCUGAAGAAACAAUAAAGGUCACCAAGGAUUGAACAAACUUUCUAUUUCUCCCAGUUCGGACUCACGAAUUCACACUAGACAGAACUCAGGAUCUUUAAGUGUCGGAAACUCCUAAUAUAUAUGCUACCGACUUAAGUCAAUUAAUGACAUGAUUCGACAAUUUUAAAACUACAUGAAAAAGUAUAUUUAACUUCAAUUGAAAAAUGCUUUAUUUAAAAGCAUCACUAUACUUCCGUUAACAUUUUAUACAUAGAGGACGCUAUGAGUAAUGUUUCUUGUCAAGAAUUCAAAAUUUUGUGAGUGUGAUGAUGGUGUCUUGAAAUGUAAGACCUUCUAGAAUAGUAUUGACGUUUUGUUUUCGCAAGUAUCGAUUUCUCCCAACCAUAACAUAAACCGAAUAGAACAAGAUAAUCUUUAAAUCUAUAGAUUUGAUGUGAUGAAAUCCGGUCAACAUAUUUACUCAUUUAUUCACGUAUAGCUCUACUUUAUUAAAUAGUUAAUUUUAAUUUUAAAUUUUUUUCAUCAACAUUUGAGACAUUGCAGACUACACAUACAACUUAAGCAAUUAUCCUCUAGAAGUACUAUAGGUUGAAAAAGAUGUAGGAGUUUCGGUACCCUGUGAUCUAAAGUCUUGUGCCAACCGCGACAGAAAUGCCUUCAAAGCAAACCCUGAAGCGCAUUUUCGGCCGGUUCGAUGGUAGGACAUUCAAUUUAAUCUUUAACAGUUUUGUUCGAGCCCAUUUAGGGCACAAAAAUGUGGUGUUUCUUCUCCCACCCUAAAAUGAUAAGAAUAUACUAGAACGUAUCCAACAGUGAGUUACGAAAUGUAUGAAGAACGUCUCAGAUUACUGAAACUUUAACCAUUGAGGUAUAAGCGUCAUUAAGGUGGUCUUCGAGUGACUUAUUGCAUUCUAAGCACUCCUGGAUGCUCUACUAAACACUUAGUUAUGCUCAUUUCCGAUACAAAACACAGGGUUAUUACCUUGAAACCAAUAUAUCUGAAAUAGUUACCCCUAAUAGUCUAUCAGUACAUGACUCCGAAGAUAUCUCGACCGUAACUUUCUUUUUGGUACAAAUUUUCUCCUUGUGCGUCAAAGUUACUCAUUAGUAUAGUUGCGCUUGUACGUCACGCUUUUCAUAGUAAAAUGGAAAGUUAAGUAUUUCGACUUUAUUCAAAAUGUAGUUAGUAAAUACGUGAAUGAUAACUACAAUGUAGCAUAAUUAUUUUGAGUCCCUGGAAGCCUGUUAAUUUCCUAGAAUGAAGUAUUUCUAAACUGUGAUUUGUGAAAUAGCAAAUACCUGUGAUUAGCAACUUAAUUGUUGGAGUUCUAAUAGUUAUGUUUUUUGUCACGUAUAAUGAAUGCAGCAUCAUUUAGACGUUCACUGGCCAUCUCAGAUUUUUGGUACUUCAGUUCUUUUUUGUCAUAACUGCUUUUUUCUACUUGCGGCUGACAUGGUUUGUAAUCAUACCACCUCAAGUUUUUAAAAGUAUUUGGGUCUAUUUUAGUUUCUGUUUGUCAAAUUAAUCCUUGUUAUCCUGUUAAAUAUUACUCGUAUAAACUAUUGUCGUUUUUACAGAUCAUUGCACUCGAUUACUUUGGUUGCACCAACUACAUCAAAUUACGGUCAUUUUUGUAAUUUUCCACUUUUAUAGAGGUGUACAUGAUAUAAAUCAGACAUGGAAGAAGAAGAUACGUACUUACCAGAAAACCAUCCAUUACAACAAUACUUUCGAGAAAUCGCAGUUCCGGAUGUUGCUACUUGUGAAAUCCCCAAAAGGCCUACUAUCACCACCACUACUACCUUUCUGAUGAAAAAGUUUGUGCAUAUCUUAUCGUACUUCAAAUGCAUAAAUCCUUUUGAUUUUACAUUAUAUUUCGGUCUCGAUUUACCACUUACAAGAUAUCUUUUACUUCAGAUAAUUAGCCUAAUAAAAUACAGUGAUCUAAUUACUGUUGAGAAUAAACCAGUGGUUGAAUACAUAUACUCGGUGGGAAAUAACGACCAAGUCGACUCAAGAUUUUGUCUUGCGAUGUUUUCAAUUCUUUGUGGAUUCGGAUUGAGUUACUCUACUCAAAUGAUUUUUAUAUUCUUACUCGUUAUUUUAUGUUUACGGAUGUCCAAUGUACUAUUUUUAAUGGUAUCUAAAUAUCAUCUUGCAGACUCAUUGAAGCAAAUGAAAAAAUUCUCUCACAGAUCCCAUCUUAUCGUUCUUUUCUUACAAGAUCUCAAUACCCGCCGUUAUUUCGGUCCCAAAAUUGUAGAUAAAAAUACAUUUAAAAUUUUCCCACUAAUAUACCAUCAGGCGUACAACUUUAUGCGCGCUUACCUUAUAGAAUUGAUCGAUUUUUCUGUUAAAUUGGGAAGUAGGUCAGAAUAUGUUAUUGUUAUUGUUGUACUAUAUGAUUUUGUUUUCAUAGACUUAAUUGAUGAAAAUAAUUCUGAGAUACCAUUGGAGAUGUCAACUUCAGAACUGAUUCAAUUAAAAUGUGACAUAGAAGAAAAGCCUAAAGACCCAAGCAUCGAAAAUCUACGAAUGUUUUGUGAACUGUUAAAACUGUUAACAUCUGAUCUCUUAGUCAAAUUGUCGUUCUCGUUUUGCCAAUCAAGACGGGAUACUUUUCACCUAUUACGAUUGAUUAUGUCAGUAUGGAAAUGGGACUACUUUUUGACUAGAAUGAAGAAUGAAUUCAAUAAAUUGAAUGAAUUACAUUCAAUGAUUUUAAAUGGCAAGCUCAUACAUAAUGAUGCUCGAACUGCAAAAGAAUGUGUAUCUGGAGAAAAUGAAGUCAAAAAUCUCUAUAAACAAACAGAGGCUCGAAUAACUCACGAAUUAUUGCUGCAUCUUCUUGUUUCAUUGGAACAUGCCAACAAUUUGAAGUCUUAUGUUGAACAAAAUUGUAAUACGUCAUUUGUUUCGAAUGAAACCUUUUCCAAUUUAGUUAGUCUCAUACGUUGUCAAUUGAAUGCAUGUCUGAUUUUUUUGAAUGAAUUGGAUAAUGCUCAAACUGCAGACAGUGUUGAUAUUUCAAAAGAAAAUAUAGAAACUACUGUUGACUUCCUAUAUUGCCGAGAUGGGAUUUCAUCUAGUAAAGAUGUUCUGAAAGCUGUGGAUCCAAUUGUAGAGGAUGAUGUAUUAGAAGAUAUAGCUGUUGGAGACUCCUCUAAUCGUGAAUCUGAAGCGGAGUACGAAAAUGUUGAUUGCGUGAAUUCACUAAAGAACCCAUCAUCAGGUAUGCAUGUUACUGUACUGAAAGAACUUAAAAAUGUAAUAUCUCACCGUCGAGUAAUUAUGCAGAAGCGUGAAGAAUGUGCUUUAAAACGACGAUUGCAGAUAGAGUGUCCUGAUAACGAAAAGCCGAGUCUAUCCACUGACAGGGUCAGCCUAAGUUCUGAAAAGGAGCUUCAAACUCAGUUUGUAUUAUCCAAUUCACUUGAUACAAAUGAAAGCAUCUGUGCUUCUAUGGAUGAUAAAGUACUAGAAUUUUUCCCAACUCCUUUGUGUAAUUCAUCAUGCGAAUAUUUCAAAAAGUCCCGUACUGGACGUCGAAAUUUAAAAUGUAAUGUUUUAAAAAGAAAUUCAAUCUUUCUUCAGCUGUCAUCUACUAAUGUACAUGAAAAUCAUAGAAUUUCAAAUUGUUCUGACCCAAUUGUAUUGAAAAAUGUUUCACAGUCAAAAAACGCACCAGAUAAUAAGUUUCUACAAUGUUCUUCACUAGCGAAUGCUUUAAUGAAUCAACGUAAAUUGUUGGGGUUAGCCACAGAGGAUUGUUUUACUGGAAUUGGUUCAGGUGAAAUGUGUGUUGAAAUGUCAGAAGAGAAUCAUACUGGCAUUUCAUAAUAAUCAAUGAGUUUUUCUUCACAAUUAUCAUUAUGUAGUAAUAGACAUUGUACAUUAUUCAUUCUGUUAUUUUUCUGUGUAACUAUUCUGACACUUGAGGGUGCAGUCGCAUUGUAUUUUAUUAAAACUGAAAUAUACGUUUAGAUACGUGGUGUGAGUACGUAAUAGAGGCUAUUGAAUGCAUGUUCGAGGAUUCUAUGUUCUAAUUGGGUAAUAUAGAUUUUUUCCCUUUGAAUUUCGUACGUAUUACCGAACGGAAAUCUGAUUUGUUCUGAAGUA